GGUGGGCGGAGCUGCCAGUGUGGUUGUCGGCCAUCCCUUGGACACUGUCAAGACUCGUUUGCAAGCUGGACAGGGAUAUGGAAAUACACUCAACUGCGUUCUUACUGUGUACAGAAAUGAGUCUGUGGCUGGCUUCUUCAAAGGCAUGUCCUUCCCACUGGCCAGCAUUGCUGUUUACAGCUCAGUGGUGUUCGGUGUCUUCAGCAACACGCAGAGGCUGCUGGGCCAGUUGAGGCAUGGGGAUGCAUCCCAUGCACCGGCACUGGUGGAUGUGGCUCUUGCCAGCACAGUGGCUGGGUUCAUCUCCGUCGGCAUCGGCACGCCUGUUGACCUGGUGAAGAUCAGGCUGCAGAUGCAAACGCAGCCAUACAGCACAGCUGAUGUUAAACUGAAGCCUACAGUUCCUGGCUUUCCUGUGUAUCGAGGCCCUAUUCACUGCUUUAGGACAGUCCUACAGAAAGAAGGGAUAGCAGGGAUAUACCGAGGCAUGGGAGCAAUGCUGCUGAGGGAUGUUCCUGGGUACUGCCUGUAUUUCAUCCCUUACACAUUUUUCUGUGGUUGGAUUACCCCUGACGGAUGCAUUUCCCCCAAUCCUGCUUCCAUCUGGCUUGCAGGGGGUGUUGCAGGAGCCAUUUCCUGGGGGACUGCUACUCCAAUGGAUGUUGUGAAAAGUCGGCUCCAGGCUGAUGGAGUUUAUCUAAACAAGUACAAGGGGAUUAUUGACUGUAUCUUGCAGAGCUACCAGAACGAAGGGCUAAAAGUCUUUUUUAGGGGCAUCACGAUCAAUGCAGUACGAGGAUUUCCAACGAGUUCAGCCAUGUUUCUUGGCUAUGAACUUACUCUCAAAGCAAUGAAAAGAGACCAAACUGAGACCAAUCCUUAACUUCCAGCGUUGCCAAGAAGACCUGACCAGUGUCCUCCUUUCCUGAGCCAAGCCAACAGCCUGGGGGAGGCGAGGGCUCGCUGGUUUCACCAAAGACUCCUGGCACUGCAGAGGCCCACAGCGAUGGCUUCUGCUUUCCCUUCUGCGUGGCCUUGGGCCCUGAUGGGCUCCAAACCUACAUCAGCUCAACCAAAUCCAAAGACCAUUUUAUUUUUAAAUCUCUCACUCUGUUGUCUAGAGCACUUUACUAAUUCCCGUGGUGCGUUGCACUUUUUCACUAAUGACAUUUUCCUCGCUGAGCUGAAAGAACAACUUUCCUUACCUGCACAGAUGAGAUACACCCAAAAUGACCCCACACGACAUGAGUUGAGUGAAUGCCUUUUGCGUGCUGCCAUGCAUAAUGCUGCUCUUCUUUGUGAACAAGGACUUCUUGCUCUGGAAAGCUUUGUGUACUUUGGGUACACAGGUAUAUUUUGUGUAGGAAGAUAUGGGUUCCUAUCAAAUCCCAACUUGCUUUCAGCAUCAAAGAAGCAGAUGACUGUACCCAUGUGAAUGAUUGCCCCUAUUUUGCAUCACAGAAUUCCCCACUUGUACCACUGUGUGACCCAUUACCUUGAAAAGAGAUGACUUUCGCUUUAUUAUCUAAGAUAUAAAUUAAAUUGGGAAACAUCAAGAUAUUAAAUUCAGAUUCUAAGCUGCUCUUUUUCUUCGGGAAGUAAUAAAACUAACUCUCACUUCAUACAGAUGGCUUCCUAUUGAUUGAACUGACUUUUGCUGUGUAGCCCUCCAGGGGCCUGCUAGAGGCACAUGAUAGAGCAUCUGAAGGGACAGUCCAGAGCCAUACAAAUCCUAAUGACUGCCUUGCUUUGCACUCUUGAGCAGAUACCACCGAAGGAAGAGUCUCUCUGAACUAUGCAAAGUCUGUCCCAAGGUAUGUUCUUUCAAAUACAAAGACCAGCUUUAGAUUUCCAACUCUGCUGCAAUCCCACUGAGAUGACUGUGGGGCACCCAGGUCUCUCUUUGGUCUACCUCAGUCUUUCAGCUCAUCUGAAGACCUCUUACAUUGUGAUUAUUUCUCUCUAUACUCGUGAAUACCUCCACUCUUUAUUUCCGAAGCAUGGAGCUUCUGAUGCCAAAAAACCAAGCAGAACUGCUGGGCCAGGAGGAUUCUAGUGGCAGCAGCAGGAGAGCUGAAGGAUCACAAGGGACGUGCAGCAUGGUGGAAUGGUCUGGAACAGUGCUGUCCUCUGGGAAGUGCACGGUUUCCUCCACCCUCUGGAGCAGUGGAUAAAGCCCAGCAGAUAUUCAUAAAAACAGCCAUCCAGAUUUUCUCCAUAAGAGGAGAAGAAGGAAGAAGCAGCUUGCACGUGCCUGCCCCUCAAUGCAUGGAGGAACUGGUCAGACCUUGACAGAAAUUGCCUACAAUCUCAGGUCUGGAGCAGUAUUUGGAAAUGGGCUCCCUGACCACCCAGAGCAGCAUGGGCUCCUCUUUGCUGGGACCUGAAUCACAACCCCAAGUGUGGCUUCACCCAAAAGCAGCCUGAAGAAGUGUGAGAAACAGCUGCUGUUGCUUCAUCUCAGACCUUGUAGGCGAAGAGGCUCACAAUGCCUGUCAGCUUGGCAAGAACAGAAAGAACUGCUUUUGAUAAACAACAUAUAUAAAAUUGAUGAGCCUUCACCUAAGUAUUUGUUGCAGGCUACAUUUAAUGUGUCAACUUUUCCAUGCUACCUAUUUUAAUGUGUAUGCAUAGAACUUGUUUUAGAUGCAUAAUGCCUCAUGUCUCCAGGGAUAAUACUUAGGGACUGUAUUAUCAAUGCAAAGAGAACUGUCAGUUACCUGCCUGUAUUAUGUUAAAUGGACUGUGAAUUAAACUGAUGAGCUUUGCAAUGAGCUGCAUACCUGUAUGACACUGCCCUACCUGUAUGACACUGCCCAGGUUUGAGGCUUUCAGUGCCACUGGGCACGUGAUGGCAAUGCGUGGCGAUUUUUCCUGAUAUCCUUCCUCCAGCCAAACCACCGCUGAGAUGGGUGCUCAGGAUUUACCCGUGCAAAGCUCAGCGGUAACACUCGGGAGCUGAAAGAAAGAGCUGGCGUUGAAAGGAAAGCACGAAACGUUUAAUACGAAAUGGGAAGUAAGCGACUGCGUUUGGCCACUUGAUGGCAUUCUCGUCCAACGCAGGGACCGGCUGGGGCUCGGCAGUCACUUCCCAGACUGCUGCCAGACCAAUGCACGCAGUCCUCAAACGCUUUCUUUUUGAGAGAUAAUAUUGAUAUCGUCCACUGAAAAAGGACAGGAUUUCUAAGGGAUUCUUUUGGCUGUUUCACGUCCCAUGUAUGAGUGCCAAUUGCAUGUUUUGGUGGAUGUGUCUCUGAAUUCCCAGCUAUGCACCUGCUCUUCUGCCAACACCGGGGGCACGUCCCCCAGCCCACAGGCUGAAGGGGACAGUCCUUCUGCUUGGCAGCUCAUGCACAGAGCCUCCCAGAGCCCCUCAUUGCUAUCACAAAAGCAGUUAAUUGCUGAACUUGGUAAAAAAAUGAGAAGGGAGACGAGGAGAACCAGGGAUAUCUAUUUCUGUGCUUUUCUCGCCUAGAAUACAGAAGAAUAGUCAGACCUGUCAUGCUUUAAACGAGUCUGUAAUUGCUUAAUUUUCUUGUUGCUGGUGGUGUUCCAUCUCUUACAACACCACAUAUUACUUAACAAGGUGCAGGCUGUUCAGCUGCUUUUCCCACUUCGUACGCUACUCAAAACAAUGGGAAAGAAAGAUAACAGUAGUUUAUCCCCUCCAAUCCCUUCCCUAGCCCCACUCUCCUUUUUAUUAAUGAACAAACAGGAACCAAUGUCCAUUGGUUGGAAUUGGCCAUUUUUCUGGCCGCCAGCCCCGGGCUGCAGGGAGGUCGUGGGUGCUGGGAGCAGCCCUGUGGUGCCUGUGGGGUGUGAGGUGAGACCAGGCUCAGGUCUCAGGGGGAAGCAGAGGGCCACCUCCCCUUGUGUCUGUGUCCCCACAGCUCCUGAGGACAGUAGAUAUUAUAAUCUACCUACUUGCUUUAGCUAAAGUUUUCUUUUGUAGUAGAGGUUGGUAUGAUAAAGAUUUUUCUCCCACUCUGUCAAGUUAGUGGAAGACAGGAAGGCCAGUGCUUUUCUCGUGCCUGUGAGGGAAAUGUAAAAUAUGGAUUCAGGAAAAAAAAUUGUGAGAUCCAAAGAGAUGAGUGUGAAAAAGUUCAAGCUGCUAAAUAUUGACUGCACAGGGACUGUUUCCUUUCUCUAAGGCCGUCUUCUUCCUAUACAUCUUCCUACAGGAACACAUUGAUGGGUUGCUACCUACUUAGAUAUGGAAAGUCUACAACCUUUGGUGGCAUCCAAAGGGGAUUAAACCAUGCAGUGAGGAAAUUUAAGCAGUUACAGUGAUUUCCAAAAGAGUUUUGCUAAACUGAGUGUUCCACAACAGCUCCAGAGUCAAGCAAACCUGUAAGAGCCAUACAAAUACGGCAGAAUGAAAAUGUCUACUAAGGAGCCUUCAGAGGUCCUGUAUGAGCUUUCAUAACAACAGAUGUAAGACACUGAAUGAAACAAGAAAUCCUGACUUAGCAUAGCUGAAAUAUUAAGGCUACAGAAUGGCAAGGCACCAGAUCUUUGGGAAGCUUCACUUGAGUUGUAAAGAAAGCAAGGGAUAAUUUGGGAUUGUGAAGAGAGUGGUUUGGAGAAGCAAGAAACUUGCAGCUGGGGCUGUCCUGCUGCCAGCACCUGGUGCUUUGAGGCUGGCACCCACCUGCAGCCACAUCUGCUGUAAGAGCACCAGGGCAACUCAUCUUCAUGGCUUGCACUGGUCUGUUCUCCCUUGUUUCAAAACAUUUUACUGUAAAAUAUUUUGCCCAUAGUAUAGAAAAUCCUGCCAACUGAUGUGGAAGAGGGCCAGCCUAUCCUUACUCACAUAACUAGGUGUGACCCAACAGCUGUGCUGACUUCUUUAUUAAGUUGUGAUCGCUGCCUUUCCAUCAAGCAGUCUGCAGGUGGUUUUUCAGUGCUUCCAGUGUGGAAAGCAAGUUGCAAUGCAGGUAGAGCUGGUGGAGGGCUCCAACACAGGCAUGAAGUGAAGCCUUGUGCUCUGCUUUCCUCCAGGCAAAACCCAGCUGUGGAACGUGCCAGGAAGGGUGAGUGAGAUUACGAUAUGAGAGCUCUGCCAUGUUCCUCUGUCCUGAUAUGAGAAUGCUGAAACUUUAAAAUACAGAGAUCUGGUGACGUUUGUUGACCAUUCCUGCUUUCCUCUGCUUGCUGCUGGCUGUGAGAUGCAGUUGCAGUAAGCACCACACCCAGCACAGCUGGCAUGCUGCUCUUUGGGCUUUCUGCUUUUAGAUGCUUCAGUUCUUGGUAAAUGCUCUUGCAGCACAGGAUGCUUGGCUCCCCUUGCUAGAAAGCCCUGGAAAACGCCGGUGGCUGUAGUAUUGCAUGAGGCAGGGAUGGUUUACAGCUCUCAACAUCCCUCAUGGUUGUGCCCCAGCAUGUUUGCUCCUCAAUCUCAAAGCUCCCGAGCAUUGUGAGUUGUUUUGGUUAGUUAAUUUAAACAGUUUCAAAUUAAUUAAGGAAUAGGGGUUCUGUUGCCCAGAGGAGCUAAUGUGUGUGCUGAGGACAUCCCAUGGCCCAUCUGCUGGGGCAGAGCAGACUGUGUGCCUCUCAGGAGCUGCUGCCGCCUCCCUUGAGCUGGCUUUUACAUCUUUUUGUCAUAGGCAGUCUUGGUAUUUACUAAAGCAUGGUUUGCACUUUCACUGGGGAAUUGAAAUGACCCUAGUUUAGCUUUUGUUUUCUCCAACAGCAUAUGUCAUCAUUAUCAAAAAGAAAGGGGAAAAAACCACCUCCAGAAGAGCUUGUCUCUGGAAAAUAAAACUGUUCGUUGCAUCUUUUCAUUUGUGGUCUUUGCAAGAUCUUACGUCUUGAUCAGCAUGCACAGCAAAUGUAAAAGAAGCUCAUGUGUUAUCUUAGUGUUUUUUCAUUUACAAGGAAUCUUUUAUUCACAUUAAAAAAAAAAAAACAACCAAACCAGCUCUUCCCCAUGUCCCCUGCACAGAGUUUCUUGGAAACACUGCAGUGGGCUACAAAUUCUCCCAGGAGAAUUCAAAAUGUCUGAAGGUUUGUGCAUGCCAAGCUAAAAUAUCAAUGCAAAAUUGGAGAUUUGUGUGGGGUUUUCAGUCAAUCUACCCACCUUCAAAAGAGGUGCAUCGGAAGAAAAUAUAUCCCGAGGUAUUUGUGCAUAAACAAGAGGCUUACGGGAUGUUGGGUGAGAAUUUCCAGAGGAGCCGGACGGAGCCAGCAGAGGAAUAUUCUGAAGAAUUUUGUAUGCUCACAUUUUCUAAAUUGAGGCUGAAAUCUUACAGUUGUGUCACUGGAGAGCUGUGACCAUGACACAGGCUCCAUCAGCUGAUGCACUGCCUCAGGUUAGGGAGCUCUGUGUCCCACUCCAUGCUCUGUUUAUUCACUGUACCCCUUAAGGAGCCCGUGUGAAAUGUGGAUAUCUGACCUUCCACAGCCUGACCACAGUGAGUUCCCCACUCUGCUUUCCCCAUGGUGAUGUAGGAGAUGUCUUUAUGGGCUAACGCACCUUUGACCUCAGUUCUUCAUUUGAUUUGAAUUUGGCAGCCAGAAAGCUUCAAAGGGAAUAAGAAAAGCUUCGGAAAGGCCAGACUUAACUGUGGUGGCUCUUGCUUUUGGCAACGGGCCACCUGAGGGUUACAGUCUGUGGUUCCUCUGGUUCCUCUGGUUCCUCGCAGGGAAGUGGGCUCAGUAGUCACCUUCCUACUUACUGCUAUUUGAAGUUAGCAUUCUGGCUACUGCUUUCUUUUUUUUGUUUCUUUUUUUAAUUUAUUGUGCAAAAAAAAAAAA